AUGACUACCACCUUUCUCUCUUCUUCUCAAGUCGGUGACUUUGACUAUGUCAUUGUCGGCGGCGGCACAGCUGGCUGUGUCAUUGCAAGCAGACUGUCUGAAUACCUUCCACAUAAGAAAAUUCUUACGAUCGAGGCGGGCCCAAGCGACUUCAACAAUGACCGAGUUUUGAAGCUCAAGGAAUGGCUUACUUUGCUAGGUGGUGACCUGGAUUAUGACUAUGGAACUACAGAACAGCCCAAUGGAAACUCUCAUAUCAGACACUCCCGAGCCAAGGUCCUCGGAGGCUGUUCAUCUCACAAUACUCUGAUAUCUUUCAGGCCAUUCGAGUAUGACUGCCAAGUAUGGGAGAGCAUGGGCUGCAAGGGAUGGAACUUCAAGACCAUGAUGCGUCUCAUCGACAAUCUCCGCAACCAGAUCCAGCCUGUUCACAACCGACACCGAAACCAAGUUUGCAAAGACUGGAUCAAAUCAUGCUCCACAGCCAUGGACAUUCCCAUUAUCAAGGACUUCAACCAAGAGAUCUGUGAGACGGGAAGUCUUCAGCAAGGAGUUGGCUUCUUCUCCGUUGCCUACAACCCCGAUGAUGGACGUCGAAGCUCUGCUUCAGUAGCAUAUAUCCAUCCCGUCCUACGAGGUGACGAGAACCGUCCAAACCUUACCAUCCUCACCAAUGCCUGGGUAUCCAAGGUCAAUGUCUCAAACAAGACUGUCACUGGAGUAAACAUCACUCUCCAGUCCGGCACCAAACUCACCAUCUCCCCUAAAAUUGAGACCAUUCUCUGCGCAGGAGCGGUGGACACCUGCCGUCUCCUCCUCCUCUCAGGCAUCGGUCCCUCAAAGCAACUCACUGACCUCUCUAUCCCCGUGAUCCACUCCCUCCCCGGCGUAGGAGAAAACCUCCUCGACCACCCCGAAACAAUAAUAAUGUGGGAACUCAACGCUCCAAUCCCACCACAAACAACCAUGGACAGCGACGCCGGCAUCUUCCUCCGCCGCGAGCUUCCCGACGCCGCGACCUCCAACACAGACCCCUUCCUGAACCCCAAGGGCCUCCCAGACGGCACAAUAGCAGAUGUCAUGAUGCACUGCUACCAAAUCCCCUUCUGCCUCAACACCACCCGUCUCGGCUACGACGCCCCCUUAAAUGCCUUCUGUAUGACGCCCAACAUCCCUCGGCCUCGCUCGAGAGGACGAAUCUUCCUUACCUCCUCCGACCCGGCCGUUAAGCCUUCUCUCGAUUUCAGAUACUUCACCGACCCCGAGGACUACGACGCUCAAACCCUCGUCGCUGGCCUGAAAGCCGCUCGGAAGAUCGCACAACAAGCGCCCUUCUCCAAAUGGCUGAAGCGCGAAGUCGCCCCCGGCCCAGCCGUCCAAACCGAUCAAGAGCUGUCCGAGUAUGGAAGGAAAGUAGCACAUACUGUCUACCACCCAGCAGGGACCACGAAGAUGGGUGCCAAGGAAGACGAGAUGGCGGUCGUGGAUCCGGAGUUGAAGAUCAGGGGUUUGAAGGGGGUGAGGAUCGCGGAUGCGGGCGUCUUCCCCAGCAUGACGACGAUUAAUCCUAUGUUGACUGUUCUUGCGGUUGGAGAGCGGGCGGCCGAGUUGAUUGCUUGGGAGGCCGGGUGGAGAGGGGAUGUCAGGGCCAGGUUGUGA